ACGAAUAGGGCUGAGGAACACGGGAGGCGCAAGAAAACGGCAAUGUAUCAAGUCUCGUGAGGCUUGCUUCACAGCGGCCCCGCCCUCUGAGAGACGCUGGGUCUCUGCAAAGCCCCUGCAGCCUCCGUGUGAUCCUGCAAGUGUUUGGGAAGGAAAGCAGGCUCGCUCGCCUCCGAGGCUUUCCUCUGGCCACCUGAAGCCAUGGGGGUAAGAGAAAGCUUCACCUGUGCAAAGACGACGUGAGUAGGGGCUAGGGCAGGGAAUGCCUCGAGUACAUGAGCUGACACGGUGACCUCUCUUUGCAGAAGAUCGGGUUGCAGCUCAAAGCCACUCUGGAAAAUAUUACAAAUCUCCGGCCGGUGGGGGAGGAUUUCCGAUGGUAUCUGAAGGUAGGGCCUUCGACGGAUGUUACCUGGGCACGCUAGACACACACGCAAACGCUCCAUGCACUUGGUUUGCAAUGACAAUAUUUCCUGUAUUGCUAUUAACGUGCACGUCGAUGUUGUUAACUGGCCGAAGGAUUUCUUCUUCGUUAAAACCGCAUUAAAUUUAGCAGUGUUAAAAGUGGCAGGGAAUGUUAUUACAUGACCUAAGCCUUCAGUUAGUGGGAUUUGCUGGCUCUUGGUACAUUGUAAGUCUUUGCAGAGUGCCUUUCUCUCCUCACUAACCACAACCAAUAUCCCAUACAUCUGGUAUUAAAGGUAAAGGGACCCCUGACCAUUAGGUCCAGUCGUUGCGGCGCCCAUCUCGCUUUAUUGGCCGAGGGAGCUGGCAUACAGCUUCCGGGUCAUGUGGCCAGCAUGACUAAGCCGCUUCUGGCGAACCAGAGCAGUGCGCAGAAACGCUGUUUACCUUCCCGCCGGAGCGGUACCUAUUAAUCUACUUGCACUGGCAUGCUUUCAAACUGCUAGGUUGGCAGGAGCAGGGACCGAGCAACAGGAGCUCACCCCGUUGCGGGGAUUCGAACCGCCGACCUUCUGAUCAGGGAUCAUUUUAUUAAAUCAGUGGAUAUUGUUUCAUAGCUUGCCUUGAGCCCCGACACUAAAAAUGCUGCUAUAGACAUUUUUUUCCUAAAAUUUGUCACCAUUGCAUUGUGUACUAUGUUCAUCUCGCUGGUUCUCUUUUGCCAUCUUAUUGCUCUUUGUUAGCAUUUCUGCCAUGCAGUUGGCAACUGGCAUGCUUUCAAAUGAAUAUGCAAGCAAUGCACUCUCAUGCUGCCCCACCACACCUAUGGGUCCUGUGCACUUACUGUUGGAAACUCAAUGGGAUUUGUUUCUGGAUAAUCAUACCUAUGAUUGUGUUGUCUGAUAUAUAAAUAUUGUAGUCAUGAUUAUAGUGAAAGUGCACACUAACAGGUUUGGACCAAUUUAGGCUGCAACAAAUGCAGUUGUAUGUCAUUUCUUCAACGUAAGGAUGGAAAUUCCAUCCUUGUGCACCAUAAUAGCACAUUUCCCUUAUAUAAUUCAUUCUAGGAAGCCUCUCAAAUCUGUGAGACUGCUUUUAUGCUAUAUCUGGGGCUAAUUUCCGACCAUAUGAAAAUUGUUGGUUUAAGUUGUUGUGGUGUUUAAGUUGUUGUGGUCUUCUUUUUCAUGAGAGUGCUACUUCUGCGAUUCGUGUCCAUUACAUACCUUUGUUUUUGAAUCUUAACAAAAUUAUUAUUUUUUGUUUACCUGUUCUGCUGUUGACUCCUCUAAGUGUCUCAUUGUUUGUGUCUGGUUUUCUUUUCUUUUUCAGUUGAAGUGUGGAAACUGUGCUGAGGUUUCAGAAAAAUGGCAAUAUCUACGAUUAAUGGUAGGUCUCGGAACUACAACACAAGCAUGCUGAGUUAUCCGUUUGUUGUCUGUGUGACAUACACAGAUCUAUAUUUGACUCAAAAGAUGCUGGAAAAUGAUGAAGUUACUUCUGGAAAAAUGAUUAUAUAUAAAUCUUCCUCGGUGGCAAAUUAACAAGUCUGAACAAACAGAUUCAGCCUGAAUCUAGAAGGAGCCCUUGGGAGGUGUGAUCUUCAUAAAUAUAAAAAAUGUAUAAUUGUUACCCAUUUAUAUAAGAUGGUAUCUAACACUACAGCUCCAUUGUAGCAAUGGAUUUGCAUGUGUGCAACAGAGCUUUCUCUUCCUUUCUUGCCCCUCCAGCUUCAGUCUGCUCCAGAGUAGAUCUUUGGAGCACACAAGGAUGAGGGGAAAUAGAAAACCAGCUGAUGCUGUGGAAGCCAACUGGCACAGCAUUCUAUAUAUCCCAUAGCUUAUAUGUUCAAAAAAUCUCCUGCAAAUUAACUACAUGCAUGUGGAAGCUUAACAUCCCUUCCAACACACAGGGAAAUGGACUUUUGUUAUAUGUACAAGGUGGACUGGAGUUCAAACAAACAAACAAACAAACAUCAAUGGGUUAUUUUUUUAGGCAUUUUCUCAGGUAACUGCAGAUGUUUUAGACUACAGUUCCAUCAGCCUUAGCCAACACUUUACAGGAUUAGGAUUAGCCAUUACUGGUGGGGAAAAUAACUUUGUUUCCUGAUGUCUCUUCUCUAAACUGUGAAUGCCUUGAUGUUGAUGCCUCCCUUUGACAUUUUUUUAGGACAGCCACCCUCUCAAAGGGGGCAGGGGAAGUGCCACAAUGGUGCAGAAAUGCAAACUGUGCUCCCGAGAAAACUCCAUAGGUAAGCCUAUUCAUGCACCUCAUGCCUUUGGCAUGAAGGCACAAAGAAGCCGAAAACUUGAUUCUCUGCAGGCUGUGGGACCUAGUUAGAUUUUCAAAAUGGAGGGCAGAAUAUACUAAAUUAGAGGGAUAUCUUCUAAGAAAAUACAAUUGGGGGGGGGGGUAAUAUUCCCCCAAAGCCAGGGACUAUUGAGUACGAUCUUUCCAAGCUUUAUUCCAAGCUGGAAGAAAUGGCAUUCCAUUUUUGCUAACCUUAUAAGGAUUUUCACUUCUGUUGUAUAGUGUCACUAUUAAAAUCAUCCUUACCAUGCAGCCUCUGCCUCCAGCAUUGCUGGUUCCAUUUGCUUUAUGCUGUAUUUGAGCCUAGUUGUCUAUUCUUCCCUUGUUCCUAUUUUUGAAUGCACUUCUAUUUCGCCUCGCUCCUCACCCCCUUUCAAGUGGACUUCUAUUAUUAUCAACAUUUUCUCACAGACAUUGCAGUAUUGCCAUGCUACAAGCACAAUUGUAUGACAUCCAAGGGGCAAAGGGGAAGUAGGUAAGAAAUGCUGUCUCAUAAGGACACCGUGUGCAGCCUGUGGAAAACAGCCAGACCCAGUUUGUGUCAUUCCCAUCCACACACAUUUUUUUUGUACCCUGACAAGCGAAAGUCCCAUGAAGUUUGCCUAGUUCUGACAGGCAGCCAUGUUAAGGGGCGCUGAGCAUGCCAGCAGUGAUGUUUGCAGUACAGAUAGUAAACGCUCAGUUAAAUGUUGAAGGAAAGUGUAAGUGGAACUGACAAUAAACAGCAAAUGACUGCAAGGCCCAAGUGACUAAGUGCUGCACAGCUAAACAGGACUUCACUGUUUGGCAUAAUAAUGCUCAGCAGUAGUUCCAGUGCAGGUCUUUUUGUGCAAUUCUGUAUAUGUCUACUUAGAAGUGAGUUCCAUAGGGCUUGCUCCUAGGUAAGUAUGUAUAGGAUUGCAGCCUUUACCCCCAUGUAUUCGUUCACAUUCUAUUUUUGAAUGGGCCAAAUGUGAAGUAGCUAAGCGGUUUUGUUUGUUUUUAUGUGUAUACAGUGGUACCUUGGUUUACUAACUUAAUCCGUCCCGGAAGUCCGUUCUUAAACCAAAGAAUUCUUAAACCAAGGCAUGCUUUCCCAUAGCAGCGGGGGACUCAAUUUACAAAUGGAACACACUCAACAGAAAGCAGAACAUGUUCUGCUUCCAAGGCAAAGUUCACAAACCGAAACAACUACGUAUGGGUUUGCAGCUUUCUUAAUUGUUGUUCAUAAACUAAGCUGUUCUUAAACCAAGCUACCACUGUGUGUGUGUGUGUGUGUGUGUGUGUAUGUAUAUAUAUAUAUAUAUAUAUAUAUAUAUAUAUUUGUGUGUGUGUGUGUGUGUGUGUGUGUAUAUAUAUAUAUUCCAAUGAUUUUAUUUCCCAUUUAAACUAAGAUUUACAAGCAUCCUGCCAAACUGUUGCCAUUUUUUUCCUCCCUUAGGAAGCUUGCCAUUCUUGGAAAGGGAGAGCCAACAGAACAAACCAAUUGUAUCUCUCCCGAUGCCGGGCUAGGAAGUGGUGGUGGAUCGAGCAAAGGAGCCCCUCCACUCUGCUUUACUAGCUAAAAAAACUUCUAGUUACAGGGUAUGUGGGCAUCCUCACUGGCAGGAGGGGGAAUUAGGAUCACACUGUAGAUGGCUCAGGUUGCAGUCUUAAACUCGCUUUGCAGAAUUCAGUAGAACUUACUUGGUUAGGAGUACACAGCUACACGUCAUCUACUUUUUCUCCUUUCCUGGAUUUAUAAGUGGAGACAUCUGGUUUUCAAAACUGGUUGAUACCAAAGGAAAUGAUGCACACAAUGUGAUUUCCACUGUUCUUUCAUAGAUGUGCUUCAUUGCUAUGUAUUUUCCACUUCUUUCAGAUAUCUUAAGUCAUACAAUGAAGCCUUACAAUGUAAGUUUUGUUGUAUUUUUGUUAUUGUGGAUGUGGUAUACUGGUCUUCUUGGGCUUGAUCCACAUAGCCACAGUUUUGAAUGACUCUCUGCAUGUGGCUAGUACUAUAAAUGGGAUAUAAACACAAGUACCUGGAAUUACAUAUGGGUAUACAUUCAUGUUUGUAUUAUGAUUCCCCAUUGUAAACCUCCCAUUGAGAGCCAGUGUGGUGUAGUGGUUAAGAGCAGUAGAUUCGUAAUCUGGGGAACCAGGUUCGCAUCGCCGCUCCUCCACAUGCAGUUGCUGGGUGACCUUGGGCUAGUCGCACUUCUUUGAAGUCUCUCAGCACCACUCACCUCACAGAGUGUUUGUUGUUGGGGAGGAAGGGAAAGGAGAAUGUUAGCCGCUUUGAGACUCCUUCGGGUAGUGAUAAAGCAGGAUAUCAAAUCCAAACUCUUCUUCUUCUUCUUCUUCUUCUCCCUGACAAUUUUGUUGGAGCUCAGCCCAUAGAGAACCAAGCAAAUUAUGAUGGAUACUAAUUAUUCGUAUUGUGUUGAUAUUCUGUCUGCACAUGGAAAGCUGAGUGGUGGAUGUGUUCUUGUUUUCCAUGUGUAGUGAGAUCCCCUUAGAUUCUGCAGUGUGAGGAAGACAAUUGGGCAGAUUAAUUUAGUCUUCAAUCCUAGAAACACUUACCUGGAAAUAAGUUCCAUUGAACUUGGAACUUACUUCUGAGUAGCUGUGCCUAGAAUUGCAUUGUAGGUGAUUCAGUCACAGGACCUUCCCAAAUGUUUGUAUUUUUGCCACUCUAGGAUAGAGAGGGAAAAUAUUUGUGCUGCUUUAUAUGAAAGCAUUAUUUGAGCAUGCAGAACUCUACAGAAAUGUAGUGAUACAUUCUGAGGAUAUUUCAAAUCCAUUGGAUAGGAAGAUGUAACCUAUUUUUAUUAAUUUGUCCUACUCAAUGCAUGCUUGAUUCAACAGAUAUUUGAUUGUUGAUUAUUUCACUACAGCCUGUAGCUUAAAAUAAGCUUCAGUGUUCAAGGUAGAAUGUACAUUUCCUUUUUCCUUUUUAAAUAACACUUGAAUGAUUGCUUAUCUCCUUUUCCUGGGAGAUUGAAACUAUUAAUGGAGACCAACAAAAGUUUCUGAGUAACUUAUUAGUGUUAGAAUCAUUGCAUUAUUUUGUAUCUUUAUGGGAUAUGAUAACUUUGGAAAUUUUGUGUUCUGCCUAUUUUUAUUCCUCUGUUACUUUGGCUUCAUCCUAGGCUGAAGACAAUGAGACAUUUAAGACCAUAGUGGAGUUUGAGUGCCGUGGCCUUGAACCAGUGGACUUUCAACCACAGGCAAGUUCUCAUGAAUGUUCUGCUGAACAUGAACCCUGAAUUAUAAUUCAACUUGCUUUUCAGUAAAUAGUCCCUUUGGGACCUAGUAACACAGCCAGGAGGCAAGAGGCAGAUGGUGAUUUCCUAGACAUGUAUUUCUUGAUAAAGUGGCAUGUGCAAUAGGUACAUUUACAAGCUAUUGGGCAGGAUUCCACCAACAGUGGAAGCUCACGCAAGGACUUCUGCUAGCACAACAGGACUCCCCCCCCCCCCACGCUGCCAAUGGAGAGGCUUGAGGAAUCCCCGGGACAGAGGGGGGAGGGGGCAGAUUGUUCAGUUAGGCAAGCAUAAAUGCUUCUGCUGAUGGAGCAAACUGCUUAGUGCUUCCUUGAAUUCCUCCCAGUACAGUAUAUUCUGAAAAUCCUGAAAUUAUGCAGCACCCAAAAUCCUACGAAUUUUCAGCACGCAGCAGGUGGUAGGAAAUUCUGAGACUGGAUAAGGGAGAAUCAGCACAGGAGACUCCACAUGUUCAUGUAGAUAUACGUUCUAGUUUUAUAUCUGCACAGGUCACAAACCUUGCAGGGUCAGUGGCCCUGAAUUUUUUCCUUUUGUCCAAAGGCAGCCUGCUUAAAAAAAUGGAUAAAGUACUGUAUAUUGCAGAGGGAGGUGGUGUAGUCAUUCUAUUAGCAUCUACCAGGAAACAAGGAGUCUAGGUAUUGGGAAUUAUACAUUAAAUUAUUUACAUUGAUCAUUGCUAUUUCCUCUGUAAUAUGUCUGAAUGCUGCUUCUUCCUUUAACAGCCAGCAGGGGGCAGCUGGCCCAUUCAUAGAAUCAUAGAGUUGGAAGAGAUCACAAGGGCCAUCGAGUCCAACCACCUGCCAAGACACUCUAGCAAAAAUUUCAGUUCUCUACUAAACAAAAUACAGUGUUUGGAUCUCUUUAUAAAAUCUUACAUAAUACAAAGACUUAAGACUUCUUGUAGCACAGAGCAUCUUUACGCAAUAAACACUUAAGUUAUGCUGCAGUAAAUCUGUUAGGGCUGAAUCCAGUGCUAGUCAUAGAUGUAGACUAAGUUAGAUUCAUCCUUGUCAGGAUGAGCAAAACUUAGUUGGAUGUGGGAUUUAGACUUCAAGGUGCCACAAGAGUCUACUUUUUGAUGCGACAGAUCAACAGGUAGCCUUCCAGGGUUUCAGCAUGGAGUCUUUUCAAAGCCUUCCCUAGACAUGCCAGGAAAUUAUUAUUAUUAUUAUUAUUAUUAUUAUUAUUAUUAUUAUUAUUUAUUAUUUAUACCCCGCCCAUCUGGCUGAGCUUCCGCAGCCACUCUGGGCAGCUUCCAAUCAAGUGUUAAAAACAAUAUAGCAUUAAAUAUUAAAAACUUCCCUAAACAGGGCUGCCUUCAGAUGUCUUUUAAAUAUAGGAUAGCUGCUUAUUUCCUUCACAUCUGAAGGGUGUUCCACAGGGUGGGCGCCACUACCGAGAAGGCCCUCUGCCUGGUUCCCUGUAACCUCGCUUCUGGCAAUGAGGGAACCGCCAGAAGGCCCUCGGUGCUGGAUCUGUGUCCGGGCUGAACGAUGGGGGUGGAGACGCUCCUUCAGGUAUACAGGACCAAGGCCAUUUAGGCUUUAAAGGUCAGCACUAACACUUUGAAUUGUGCUCGGAAACGUACUGGGAGCCAAUGCAGAUCUCUCAGAACCAGUGUUAUGUGGUCCCGGCGGCCACUCAGUCACCAGUCUAGCUGCUGCAUUCUGGAUUAAUUGCAGUUUCCGGGUCACCUUCAAAGGUAGCCCCAUGUAGAGUGCAUUGCAGUAGUCCAAGCGGGAGAUAACUAGAGCAUGCACCACUCUGGCGAGACAGUCUGCGGGCAGGUAGGGUCUUAGCCUGUGUACCAGGUGGAGCUGGUAGACAGCCGCCCUGGACACAGAUUUGACCUGUGCCUCCAUGGACAGCUGUGAGUCUAAAAUGACUCCCAGGCUGCGCACCUGGUCCUUCAGGGGCUACCUUCAUGCAACACAGCUGCUGAACCAAUGAGAAAUGGUCCUUCCCACACAGCUGUCCCCAUGGAUGGCAUCUCAGCCAUGUGUUUCCAGGAAUUCAGAUCUGGUGCAGGAAUGUAUAGUUCUAUAUAGAUCUAUAUAGUUAUGUAUAGAUCCCCUUUGUCACACAGGAGAGUUCCUUUGUUGUGUUCUAAAGAGAUUUCUAUGUUUAUAGGCUGGGUUUUCUGCAGAAGGCGCAGAAUCUGGCACACGUUUUGAUGACAUCAACUUGUUGGAAAAGGUACUGUCUCUGAAAAAAAAAUCUAUUAAAAUAACCUCACCUGCCCCUCUACCCACCCAAACAGACUUUUCAAACUUUUCCAUUUGAAAAGUUAGCCCCGCAUCCUUAUAUUAAAUGUAUCCACCACUAUAAAGUUUUUGGGGCCGGAAGAGGUUAUCCUGCUUGCUUCGUGCAAAACGGGAAGGCUCUCAAGUAAAGGCAGGAUGACUUUACUAAAUCAAACCUCUCAUCUGACAAGUUCUAGAUGGCAAUCUUUCUUCUUUGGGCUUUGUGGUUCUCGAUAUUCCUUUUACCUUCUUGCAGCCAAACUAGAUGUAAUGUUAACGGAAAUAAAGGGCAUAUUUUAAUUACAGAAAUAGCAGCCAGAAUGAUAACAGGGCAGCCUCAAGAUUUCUGGCAAGGGGGGUGUGAGCUUUCUCAAUCACAAUAUCAGCAAGAAUACCUUUCUAACACUGCUAUUUAUGUACCAAAGAAAGAUCCCAUGGGAGCGGCAUGAGAAGCUCCAGAGAAACUCCAACUUUGUGGUAGUAUAAUGUAGGGACAGGUGCAGCCCUGGAGUAUUUAAUAUAUGCAGAAAUACAAGUCCCGGGAAUACAAAUUCAGAUUGACUUCACUGUUGUUCUCUAUAGUGUUAGAUGGUGUCAGAUAAACUCUUGGAAAACUCAGGCUAGCAAAUCUUCACUCAUAGCCUUCCUCAGCUGUGAGCAGCAGUGUCUGGAUCAGCUCCAUUUCUUGGCACAAAGAUCAGUCUGUCUGGUGACCCACCAAUAGCUCAACAAAUUUAAUCCUUUCAACCAGGGGAGAUGGCAAGCCUGUCUAUUAGUAAGAUUGUGGACUUCACACACAGAAAAUCUGAUUCCUUAUGCUAAAAAUGUUCAACUUGAAGCUAAUUUUUUUUAAAAAAUACUAGGGUUGCAAGGAAGUUCAUAAUGUGCCUGAAAUUCAGGCUGGACUCCUAAGCAGAGAAUUCUAAAAUUGUAAUGUGUAUUUAACUCCACAGGACUGGAAUGACUACGAUGAAAAAAUAAAGGAAUCUGUUGGCAUCUAUGAAGUGACACAUAGGUUUGUCAAAUGUUGAAGCUUUUGUUUUGUGUGGGAUAAUUUUCUAUGUGGCCAUGUUUAAAUUGUGUUUACAGAACCUAGAAUAAAAGUCUUAUACUUUCUUCAGGAUUUAUUUUUCAACACUUGUGGGCUUAUCUUUUUUAUUAUACCAAACUCUAAAGAAUAAAUGCAAAUAAGAAUAUUUAUGUAGAAAAAUAUACUAGUUUUUAUCAUGCUUACAGUUAGGUUAAUGCUGGGAUUGCCUCUUCAAAGAAUUUGAUUGUUUAUUCAUGUAAGGACCAAGAGCUUUCAUAGGAGGGUGGGAAAGAUGAUUGCUCACCUAUUGUAAUAACUAUUAUUGCCAUUAAAGUUCUUGGCUUCUCUCACAUUUAUGUAUAAUUGCAAGUGCCUUCUAGGUAGAAAUGUAUUUUGAAAUCUUAAGAAGCUAUUGGAUAUAUCUAAUUAGAUUUCCAAGGUUAGCUGACUAAACAGUCUUAAUUAAUAAUACAAUUCUAUAUUGUUCAGGUGCAGCCCCAGGCCUUCUAGAGAGGCUUUUGGGGUGAGAGAUGCAGAUGACUGUAGAAGGGAGGGGAAGAUGGGAAAGUUGAAGUUCAUGCAAGUAAUGUUAUUAUCCAGGCCAGCAUUUUUUAGACUGUUUAUUAUAAUAAAAGUACAUUCUGC